AGCAGCUGCGCGGAGCCGACGGACGCAGUUACCAUGGCAACCGGGCGGCGCCUGAGCGCGCGGGAAGGAGGCUGAAGUAGAGAGGCCUGACCUUCUUGCUCUGGGAGACUUGAUGAGUGACCCACCUCAGACUUCCAACCUCAAAAACCACGGCCUCCGCUCUGAGCCCCCGAGGCCAUGGGUCGGAUCUCCGGGCUCGUGCCCUCUCGGUUCCUGACGCUCUUGGCUCAUCUGGUGGUUGUCAUCACUUUGUUCUGGUCCCGGGAAAGCAACAUCCAGGCUUGCCUGCCUCUCAAGUUCACCCCCGAGGAAUAUGAGAAGCAGGACAACCAGCUGGUAGCUGCGCUCUGUCUCACCCUGGGCCUCUUUGCAGUGGAGCUGGCUGGCUUCCUCUCAGGAGUCUCCAUGUUCAAUAGCACCCAGAGCCUCCUCUCCAUUGCAGCCCAUUGUAGCGCGUCUGUGGCCCUAUCCUUCUUCAUAUUCGAGCGAUGGGAAUGUACCACGUACUGGUACAUUUUUACCUUCUGCAGGUGCCAUAGCACCCAAUAUUUUGGAAUGGGGGGUGGUGGAAAUUCUAUCCCAAAUCUGAAGGUCCCCUCCACCCCCAGACCUCUCCUGCACAUGUGAAAUUGGUAGAGUUUUAAAGGGUCAUACCCAUCCCCUAAACCACUCGCAUAUAAGGUUUAGAGACUCGAGUGUUUGGGUUGAAAGGGGCUCUAAACCCACCCCCUACUUUUCACAGCGCCUUCCCAGCUGUCACUGAAACUGCAUUAUUCGUCGCUGUCUUUGGGCUGAAAAAGAAACCCUUCUAAUCACAACCCGGAUGUAGGGACCAAGGCUGGAAACGUGAGCUUCCUCCCGUCGCUGGAAGAAGAGAGGCAAAGGCUUCAGUUUUCUCUCGCCCUAGUCCUUUGCUUCUCCUAACUGCGUCUAAGCAGAGGAGGGCAGUGUUGGGAUAAGAUCUCUCAAAUCUUAGAUUGUAAUCUUAUUAGAGUUUUGUAAUAAAAUUCGUUUUAUAAUAAAAGCAAGGCUUAUACUAUUUUUCAGAAGACCAUUGGAUGAGCCAAGAGGCUUAUAUAAAUAAAGGCUUUUUUCUUGCCGUGUGUA